AUGCUCGCUCGUGUUUACUCCACCGUCCUUUCCGUCCUUUUCUUCGUUGUCCUUGCGGUCGCCACCCCCUGGGGCGAGCCUUCUCCAACCACGGCCACGACCACUGUCACCGUCACUGCUCCCGCAUCCACUGCGACGGUUCCGGCUGGCCAGUGCAACACUGGUCCCAUCCAGUGCUGCAACAGCGUCCAGUCGGCUAGCUCGGAGUCCAGUAAUCUUCUCCUUGGUUUGCUCGGCAUCGUCUUGAACGACUUGGAUGUCCUUUUGGGCAUCGACUGCUCUCCUAUCACCGUCAUCGGUGUGGGUAGCAAUGGUUGCAAAGCUCAACCCGUAUGCUGCCAGAACAACGCCCAUGGCGGCCUCAUCUCCAUUGGCUGCAUUCCCGUCUUCCUUUAA